CGUGCAAGAUGGUUUGUGAUAACCAAAUGGUGCGCGUGAUAAACGAUUGAGGAAAGAGAUCGGAAACGGGGCGCGUCGUUUCGGCCCAGGAUUAUUACAGAAGUUCUAUCGAAACGUAACAAUGUGGUAUAAGGAGGUAAAGGCGAGUAACGACAAUGGAAAUGUCAUCAACCGUAGAUUGUAAAAAGCAGCCCUGUCGAAAAGGCGACAUGUCAGACUCGUCGCGGUAUCUUUAUGGCCAUCUUCCUCCCGACAUUAUGUCGAAAGGACUUCCCAACAAUGGCAUAGGAGGAAAAUUACACCAACUCGAAGGGCUAUUCAUCGGUGGUUCGGCCCAAGGUGGACGAGCGGGUCAUUUCGUUUCGAUUGAGACGCUUAUCGACGUUUUGCUCGUGCUCUACGACGAAUGCUGCAAUUCUUCGUUACGUCGUGAAAAGACUGUUUCUGACUUUAUUGAGUUUGUGAAACCGAUAGCUUCGUGCAUCAAGAGUUUGCAGUUGACACGGGAGGACUUUGAGAUUGUCAAGGUCAUUGGGAGAGGUGCUUUCGGGGAAGUAUGUGUCGUAAGAAUGCGCGGCUCGGACAAGGUGUUCGCCAUGAAGAUUUUGAACAAAUGGGAGAUGUUGAAACGUGCUGAAACCGCGUGCUUUAGAGAAGAAAGGGACGUAUUAGUGUACGGUGAUCGCAGAUGGAUCACGAAUCUGCAUUAUGCCUUUCAAGACGACAAUAACUUGUAUCUGGUCAUGGAUUAUUAUUGCGGAGGAGAUUUAUUGACGUUACUGAGCAAAUUCGAGGAUCGUCUACCCGAGGAUAUGGCUCGAUUCUACAUAGCGGAGAUGGUGCUAGCUAUAGGUUCUAUACAUGACUUGCGCUAUGUGCAUCGUGACAUUAAGCCCGACAAUGUUUUACUGGACGCGAAUGGUCAUAUCAGAUUAGCUGACUUUGGCUCGUGUUUACGACUGUUCGAGGAUGGUACGGUGCAAAGUAACGUCGCUGUUGGUACCCCGGAUUAUAUUUCACCAGAAAUAUUGAGGGCGAUGGAAGAUGGUCAGGGACAAUAUGGUCCUGAAUGCGAUUGGUGGUCUCUUGGAGUAUGUAUGUACGAGAUGCUCUAUGGCGAAACACCUUUCUAUGCGGAAUCUCUAGUCGAGACUUAUGGAAAAAUUAUGAAUCACAAGAAUUGUUUUGAUUUUCCUCCUACGGACACUAUGUACGACGUUUCUGAAGAAGCCAAAGAUCUGAUGCGGAAAUUGAUUUGCAGCUCUGAAUUUAGAUUAGGUCAAAACGGAAUUGAAGACUUCAAGAAACAUCCUUGGUUCGACGGCGUCGAUUGGGAUACGCUCAGAGACAGCACUGCGCCAUACAUUCCUGAAGUUUCCUCACCCAGUGACACGUCCAACUUUGACGUUGAUGAUACCGAUGUCCGCACUUCCGACGCCGUUCCACCAGCCGCGAAUUCUGCCUUUUCCGCGCUUCAUUUGCCAUUUGUUGGUUUUAGUUUCACGCAAGGAAGUUGCAUAUCGGAUCUGGGUUGUAUUUCCCCCCUAUCUCAGACAGACAAACGUAUACAGAUACUCGAGGAAGAAAACGCACGAUUGAUGCAAACUAUUGACGAUAUGAAAAAUCAAUCGAUAAGUCACACUUCGCCUGGUAUCUCGCCAGAUUCUAAUAAUGCGACCAGGAAACUUCAAGAUGAAAUAAAUACGCUUACGAAACGCAAUUGUGAGUUGGAGUCGCAGUUGAAAUCUAUGGAUGUUCCACGCGAAUUACGAACUUUGGAUAAUGGUGACAUGACGAAAUUCCGGGAACUUGAGAAGCUAGUUCGAUGUCUACGUUCGGAGAAGGAAGAUGCUAUCAAGGACAAGUUGGACGCGCAAGAGAAAUUGAAGCUUCAGGACAAAGAGUUGAAGGACGCGCUCACGCAACGUAAGCUCGCGAUGGCGGAAUACACGGAAGUGUCGGAUAAAUUAUCCGAACUGCGGCAACAGAAGCAAAAGCUAUCGAGACAGGUUCGAGAUAAGGAGGAAGAGUUGGAAGUCGCGAUGCAGAAGGUCGAUACUUUACGCCACGAUAUUCGGAAAGCUGAGAAACUGCGCAGAGAGCUGGAGAAUAGAAUCGACGAAGCGAUGGCGGAGACUAGCAAGGAAAGGAAAUUGAGAGAGCGCAGCGAGGAAUAUUGCAAGCAAAUGCAAGAGGAGACAGAGAAGAUCAGACAACGUUCUAUUGGAAACGACGCCAGCGCGAAUCACGCGUUGGCCACUCAGGAAAUUAACAGGUUAAAGGCGGAAGUUGAAAAGCUUGAGGUUCAGUAUAACGAAAACUUGACUCAACAGCAAGGCAGGUUUAAUCUCGAUAUUCGAAGUCUGCAAGAACAGUUGCACGAAGCGGACGCUAGAAGAGAGCUGUUAGAGAGGGAAGUGCAACUCACCAAAGAGAAAUUGGAUGCUGCGAGAUUGGAAAAUAUCACCGACAGCGAAGAAACCAUAAACGAGUUGAGUAGACGUCACGAGAGGGAAAAGAUUAUGCUGGUUGAAGAAAAUAAGAAGCUCGUGUUGGAGCUCGGUGCCCUUACCGACAGCGUUAAUAGAUUACAAGGUGAGAGAAGGCAGUUGGAGGACGAAUAUGAGGAGUUGAGGAACAAGAAAGAAGCUAUCGCGCAGUGGGAAGCUCAGAUCACCGAAAUUAUUCAGUGGGUAUCGGAUGAAAAAGAUGCUCGUGGAUAUUUGCAGGCCUUGGCUACAAAAAUGACGGAAGAAUUGGAAUUCUUGAAACACUCCGGCGGAGUUAGCGGCGUUGGAAGUGGAACCACGAUGGCGGAUAAAAAUUGGCGAAAUCGUCGGUCGCAGAAGCUCGAUAAGAUGGAACUGUUGAAUCUGCAGAGCUCCUUGCAAAGUGAAAUACAAGCGAAACAAGCAAUUUCGGAGGAGCUCACCAAGACUCGCUCGGAUUUGAUAGCCGCACAAAAGGAAUUGAGAGAUUUCAAGCAGCGAUUGGAUACCAUGUCGCACGAAUUGAAGCGGAAAGAUAUGCAAGUAAAAGAGCUGCAAGCGCGUCUCGAUACCGGGGAUGGCUCUGUCUCGUCCAGCGAUACAACAAGCAAAUCUCCAAACGUCGUUAGCACCAAACCCCAACGUAUCAUCGUACAUCAGCCGUCGUCACCCCUACCAGUAAUGCGUGCCCCCCGCAUCACGACUUGUCGCUUAUUAACUAGAUUCGUUCCAGUCAACACGUUCAUCAGUCAGAAUGCCGUCGCCAUCGUAUCGCCGCCCGUUCUAGAACGUCCCACGUCACAGAUGUCAUAUCUCGAGCACUUUCUCAAAGAAACGACAAGCAGCACGCGUCAUGGAAGCGUCGACAGUGUGGAAGGUGACAUCGAGGACAAUCGUGCGCCUAGUAUCACGAGCAGCAAAAGUAAUCUGUCCGAGCUUAGUAUCGAUCCAACUUCGCCAUUAUCCCACGAACUUUUGAACAAGUCCUCGGCCACUCACGGUCAAGCCAAUUUGCAACCAAAGCCUAAAUCACAUCAAUUUCUCGUACGGACGUUUUCAGCGCCUACAAAGUGUAAUCACUGCACGUCUCUGAUGGUCGGUUUAACGAGGCAAGGAGUCGUGUGCGAAGUGUGCGGCUUCGCCUGCCAUAUGCCUUGUUGCGACAAAGUACCUCCAAUGUGCCCUGUGCCCCAUGAUCAAACGAAACGACCACUGGGGAUCGAUCCUACACGUGGGAUAGGUACUGCGUACGAAGGAUAUGUCAAAGUGCCAAAAAUGGGUGGUGUCAAGAAGGGUUGGGUGCGUCAAUUCGUCGUAGUUUGCGACUUCAAAUUAUUUCUUUACGACAUUUCACCGGAUCGCAACGCUUUGCCGUCUGUGUAUGUUUCGCAAGUUCUUGAUAUGCGAGAUGAAGAAUUCAGCGUCAGCUCCGUUCGCGAUUCUGACGUGAUACACGCUACAAAGAAGGACAUUCCGUGUAUAUUUAGGAUAACUACGUCGUUAUUGGAGCCUCCUGGAUUGAGAAAUCAUACGUUAAUGUUGGCGGAUACGGAGAGCGAAAAAACAAAAUGGGUGGUAGCCUUAAGUGAGCUUCAUAGAAUUUUAAAGAGAAACAAUCUUCCAAACACAACGAUUUUUAGAGCGAGGGAACUGUUGGAUAAUACCUUAGCGUUCAUUAAAAAUGUCAUGUCAGGAGCGAUUAUUGAUCCGGAUCGUCUAGUCAUUGGUACAGAGGAAGGUCUCUUCUGCUUAGAUUUAGAUCGUAGUGAAAUUGCAAGAGUCGGGGAAGGAAAAAAGAUAUAUCUUCUUGAAUAUGUUACUGAGGAGCAAUUGAUUGUGGUAUUGAGCGGAAAACAACGUCAUGUACGGCUGGUUCCAGUGCGUGCCUUGGAUGGAGACGAAGUCGAGUGGAUUAAAGUAGCAGAAACUAAAGGAUGUAUCACGUUAACGACUGGAGUAGUGCGUCGUAAUCCGCUUAAUUAUUGCUUAUGCGUUGCAAUAAAGAAACAGAACGCAUCGCAAAUCAUCAUCUAUGAAAUAACACGUACGAAAACGAGGCAUAAACGUAUACGCGAAUUAAUGUUACCGUGUCACGCACAAACCUUACAAGUUCUCUCCGAGGGUCGCUUGUGCGUCGGUUAUCCGUCUGGUUUUUCCAUUUACAGCAUUUUAGGAGAUCAUCAUCCUAUUUCUUUGGUCCACGCUGAGAAUACGCUUUUGGGUUUCCUCACCUACAGUGCUGUGGAUGCGUUACGUUGCAUCGAGUUGGCACGCGGUGAAUUCUUAUUAGUCUUCCAUACGUUAGCGGUGUACGUUGAUAGUCAGGGAAGAAAGAGUCGAGAUCGAGAGAUAAUGUAUCCUGCAGUUCCUACGGCAGUUAGCUAUUGCGAGGGAUAUCUUUUAGUGUAUAGCGAGACUCAUAUCGACGUGUUUGACUGUACAUCCGGAGACUGGUUACAAACGCUUAACGUGAAACGAGCCCGACCGUUGAAUGUUUCAGGCUCUCUUACGUCUUGCGUGAUAAAUGACAUGCCAUAUGUUAUUUAUCUUAGCAAUUUACAUCAGCGAGAACUAUUAAAUCUAAUGACGAUGGAUGCGAGCGGUAGACAAAUUACAAGGCCACGACGAAGAUUUUCACUGCGAGAAGGCAACAGAGCCGCGCGUCCUACAGACAGACGUUCGAAAAUGAUUUCUGCACCGACAAAUUUCAAUCAUAUUAGUCACAUGGGUCCAGGAAAUGGGAUACAGAUACAACGUUUAUUAGAUUUGCCCACGACAUUGGAAACUGCUGAUCAACAGCAUACGAGUCAUCAUAGUAGUUCUCAUCUUCAUAGUAGCCAGCAAAGAUUAUAUGAUGCUACGCUUCAAACACCCAACAAGCCGGCACCGCUGCCUCCUAGGCAUCCCCCUUCCGACGCACGUCGUCUGAGCUCGCAUAUGUCAAGAAACUCUGGAUAUUCACCGCACAAUGGCUCGACAACAUCACGAAGAGGUCCCGCGCCACCACGACCAACUGCCACACCUCCUUCCUUACCCCGCACUCCGGUGGACCAAAUUGAUUCCGAAUCGGUACAUUUGCGUUCACACACCCCGAUUUCUCUCGGCAGUAUCGCAUCUUUACAUAACAAGGAGCAUCCAUCUGGUGGCAGUCCUAGGCACUCGAUAGCUUCGAACAAUAGCUCAAAUCCAUCAACGCCACCGAGUCCCGCCCACGAUCAUGGAUCGUCAUCGUACGAUUCGUAAAUUUAUUUAACACUUAAACGCGAGUGGAUUUAGGUAAACGGUAUGUAUCUAGUAUGUAUUUAAGAGAAACGAUCAAUUCGGUAUAUACAUACGCAUAUGUAUACCUGUUCGCGUCCCUAUAUGUAUGUAUAUAUGUUAAGCUCUUAUAUUUUUACUAUACAUCUUCAACUCUCCGUCUAUCUUUUCCCCUCCCCGCCGUUAAGAACGCGAAUUUUGAUAAUCAUGCUGUUGACUGCAUGUAGACUUGUCAAUCGAAUCCAAACUUGUCAAUCCGGACCUCUCCGUUGUUUGAUAAAUCGAAAUUUAAUUUUAGAUUUUCGAGCCUAACAUAUAUAGUCAUAUAUUUGUAAUGUACUUUACAGACACGCAGUACUCGUGUUUGAUCUUUGAAAUGGAAAGUUAUUUCGCGGUAUUGCCUUACCGUCGUGCAAUAUAAUUAUGCAUACUUAACGUUAUAUGAGUUAAAACGAGUAUCAUAAUCGUGCGCUUUGACGACUUUGUAAUAAUACACCGGCGCGCUGCGUGAUUUUUUUUAUGUGUGUGUGCGCGCGCGCGCACACAAACAUAAACUGCGGCGAAUUUUCUUCGCGGAACGAUGCGUUAGUGCAUUUCUGUAAUUUUCUGAUUUUCAAGAGUUUAUAUGUAAUAAUUUAUGACCGCACUUAAACGAAGAGACCCAUUAUCAUAAUAUAAUGGUAAAUUAUUGUAAAUACUUUAUACCUGACGAGAGAAACGAUGUAUCGUUGAGCUCGCUUUGCGAUGCCAUAGCCAUUUCUUUCGAUUAGUUGUCCGUUCUUUACUUCGAAUGGGAAUGAUUUCGAACAAUUUAUAUAACGAGGAAAAAAAAUUGGAAUCUCAGUCAAAUUAACUAGCAAUAAAAUUUUAAGCUAUUUAAUGUAUCGUACGUACCCUCGACUUUAGACGAGAGCAGUAGCUGCGAACGUAUAAGUAUACUUAAACUAACGUUACACCGGGAAUAACUGCGCGAUUUUUACAAUGCUAGUAGUUAGUCUUGUUUAUAUGGAGACUGUCGUGAUAACGUGUCACGAGCACUACGAGACGAGUCUCCCUCGAUCUUUCCUUUCACCGUGCAUAUACGGAUGAUAGCUCUCUCUUUUUUUUUCCUCUUUCUCACCGGCACAUUCUCAUUUUUCCUUUUGAUAAAACCAAGUCAAGAAACAAAGUCGGAGAAGAGAUAUUUAUGUAUCGCUUUUGUAAGCGGCAUCAAUCGCGCCCCGCGACUAUCCCCGGUUUAACGAGGUGACGAAUUAAGACGGAGCGCGAAUUCGAUUCGAUGCCUUAAAACGACUAAACGUUUUCUAUCGCGUCAUAACGCGCUGUAAUGUGCACGGUAUUAUCCGACUGUGUGAAUAGUAGAACGAUCGUGUCGCGAGCUCCCGCUGAUAAUAAGUAGCUGUUAAGAUAGAGGACUCACACCUGUGUGCGCUGUAGGCAUACGCGAUGUCGUCGUGUCCGCGAACACGACGCGGCGGAAAAUAUGUAUCGUGUGUAUAUUCGAGUGCGUGUACCCCAACUGGAAAUUAGAAACGAGAGAGUAUUGUCUUUUCGACGAUCGAAGGCAUAAUAUCAUCGACUAACAGAAUCUUAGCGCGGAUCAUUUGAAGAAACGCUAGUUGGUAGUAGGGGGAUGAAAAACCGUAUUACAGAGCCCCGUGGCAAUUAUUAGACGUAUGAAAGAUCGUACAUAAAUACAUUUAAGUGCAAUGUAUCGAAAUUUAAGGAUAAACGCUGAAACGAAAUAGUGGGAAAGGCGACGAAGGGAUAUAUUGUCAGGUCGUUCGAGGAAGUUAGUUUCUCCCUUUUGUAAAUUAAUAUAUUGCGAAUUAGGUUUUAAACUGCGUGUACAUUACGAGACUGCGACGCGCUUUCAUUACUUUUGUACGUACAACGAGUGGGCGAAGUGCCAGUACGCGAGGCGGUAUGACCAAAUGAAACUAAUUUAUUUCAAACGACGAUUGUACUGCUCGUCUUCGUAAUUUAACAAUCUACGUCGGUUACCGUCGGUUCUCUUUUUUUUUCAUAGCUGUAGCUACGUUUUAUAGCUGUUGUCGAAGAGGACGCGGUGAAACUAGGGGAUUUGAAUUAUCGAAAUUUUUAUUACUUUCAAACGCGCUUUGUUAACGCAAAUGACGUUGUGUACGUGCACACAAUUGAAACAUAAGAAAGGAGGUGUUACAAUUACAACGUACAUUUACUAAAAAGAGGAGAGAAAAGAAAACAGCCGCAGAAAAUCGCGAGAG